GUUCUACAGCUCUUCUUCGCACCAUUUAAAGCUCUCUCACCUCUCUUUCCUUCUCUACAUCAAAACUUCUGAUUCCUCAAAAGGGUUUGCUCCCUAAUUUUUCCUUACGAAAUUCUCACACAAUCCCUAAUUCUCUUCGUUCCGACAUGAAACACAUGGACUCAAGGAUGUUCAAACAGUUUUCCGAGGCGAAAUACCGGAGGAUGAGGCGGAGGAGGACGGCUCACAGCGGCGGCGGCCGAUCGGUUAGAAUGAAGGUGAAAAGGUUGCAGAAGCUAAUUCCGGGGGGGAAAGGGAUGCAACCGGAUCGGCUUUUUUUGAGGACAGCAGAUUAUAUACAGCAUUUGCAGUUACAAGUUCAUAUUCUGCAAGCUCUUUCCAAGGUUUACCAACCCUCAAUUGGGCUGGCAAAUGGCGUGCAUGAAUUAGAGCAUCCUGUAGCCCAAUCUCAUGAAAACUACAGUACGAAGUUGCUGAAGGGCAGACAUCAAAGGCCCCAUCCGAUUAACAAAUUUCAGCGCCAAAAAGAUGUAUCCUUUUCGCCCUCUCAACUAAAUACUUCCAAAGCCACAAAAUGACUACACGCCACGGCAAAAUCUUAGCUCCGCCUGCCCAUGCUCAUCACUUUUGCCUGCAUACGCAUCUAAACUAUAUUUGGUUUCCGCAUUAUAUGAUUAGGGGUAACAUUGGCUGAACUAUUCGUGAAUCAUCUGUAUAAUGUUCAUUUUUUAAGUUAAAUAAACGAAUAUUAACAAAAAGAUUAUGUUCGAUGAA